AUGGUUUCCUUCCGCUCCCUCUUCGCCGGCGCGGCCAUCCUCGCGGCUCCCAUCAUGGCCGCCCUCUCACCUGAGCAGAUUGCUGCCGGCAUCAACUCGAUAACGGAGAAGACCCAAGCUCUUCAGGCGCCAGCCCAGAGCAUCACCCUUGUCAAUGCCCCCUUGAUUAUCAUCGGCCAGGGCCCGUUCCCCGAAAUCAUUGCCGGGUUCGCAGACAUAGUUUCGACUGCAACGAGUCUUGCCAAUCAAAUCGGCGCCUCCACUGUGAAGAAGCGGGAAGCGCUAUCUGCGCGUCAGUCUGGCGCUGAAGUUGUGUCCGAUGCUUUCCGCGCCUACGUCCGUGUGAACCAAGCGCUGCUCAACAUUUUGAUUGGCAAGGCAGGACUUCUUGAGCAAGUCCCUCUCGUUGGCGCGCCGGUGGCGUCCGCCCUUCGUGGCGUCGAGGCCAUUACUGAUUCGAUCGCCAUCACGCUCAUCAACCUGUUCGAGGAGAGGGCGGCGGAGUUGACGUCGGAUGCCAAUUCCAAUGACGCCACCCUGACCAUUACCAUUCAGAAAUACGAAGGCCUCCAGCUCAAGAAGCGCGCCGAGACCUUCAUUGCUUAG